AUUAGUCGAUCCCGUCUCGUGAUUUCUCGCGCGACAUUUAAUUUGAAAGUGAAACGAAAACAAAUAAAAACCAUGGAGGAAAUCAAAUGUGAAAAGCACAAUGAGCUGUGUUUUUUAAAGACUGGUCUGAAGGAUGGACCAUCCCAUGGUGUUAGUUUUUAUGUCUGCGGUCAGCCUGCUUCAUGUGGCUUUGUGAAGAAAUCUGAUGCACAAAAACUUGAGUGUCCAAGACAUCAUUCUACCGUAGAUCUACAGUCUAUAUUUUGCUCAAAGAAAACUAGUGAAAAAAGGCAGUAUUACAGAUGUCGCAAGAAAGACUCUCAUGAAAAUUGGUGUGGAUAUUUUACUCAAAAGAAGGUGUCUGGCAAACCUCUGGCAGAUUAUAAUUACCAGGAAAGAAAGUCAUCAGUACAAAGCAAAAAGGCAGUAACAGAUUCUGAAAUUCCGUCUAUAAAGACAAAAAACAUGGAAACAGACAAAAAGUCUUCCAUUGAAUCUCAAGACCCAGUCUCUGAGAAGCAAACAGAUAGAGGCAUCUCAGAGGGACUGGCCAAUCUGAGUAUUGAUAAAGGAAUACAAGAGUCAGGGGAAGAACAGACAAGGGCCAAACCUCAACAAGAAAACAAAUUAAAGUUAAAGAAGACAAGUCAGUCAGACUCAAAACAGAAGGAAGAAAAGUAUCGUAAUCUUUCAUCAACUUCUGAAUCAGAGAGUAUCGAUAGCUUUGACUCCCCACGUUCCAAAAAUACCUCUGUUUCACUAACGUCAGACUCAGACCUUGACAAAAGUCCUUUGAACACUGCAAGCAAAUCAGAGUCUGAGUUGAACCUUGGCAAGGGAGAUAAGAAGACCCCAGAUCACAGACACAAAUAUGAGGGUAUUGGUAGAAUUAAGAAGAAGAGCCCACAAACAGGUUCCCAGACGGAUUCCUCCCCAGAACUUCCACUGCUUCAGAGAAUCCGCAUCAAGUCCGGUGAACAAGAAGGGUCCAGCCCAAAGAGUCCCGUGGAAAUCGUGGACCUGACAAGUGAUGAUGAGGGAGAGAAUCCCAGAGUAGUAGCGGGGACAACUAAUAGACCAGAAGACAAGCAAACCAGGUACCAGCCACCUGCCCAUACUUUGCCUACAUCUCAAGAUCUACUUUCGGCCAAUCAGAUACAGGCAAACAAGAGUAUUCAGCCCCUAACAGGUGCAGAAGAAUGGCAGUUACAGAGUGACAUAGACUCUAGAAAUGCACUGCUUCAACAGUUGAACAGACAAAAGCAUGUGAUAGCCACUGUGAAAAUGUCCAGUUUACCUGACAAAGGUGAAAAACUUCGCAAACAGGUAGAUGAUAUAGAACGAGCUGUGACAAAACUCAAUAAAAGAAUCGCUGACCUAAAACCUAGAUCUAAAGUGAAAGAACCUGUCAGUAUACUACCAAAACCUACAGCACAAAGUGUUCAGCCACAGGUCAUCAAAGUGCCAUCAGCUGAUGGCUCUGGCCAAGCCCAAACCAUCAGAGUGGUCCCUGGUCAACAGACUCAGGGCCAGCAGCCACAGGUGAUCAAGGUGUACGCAGCAGGGGCUGAUGGGCAGCAGAAACUGGUUCACAUUGUUCAGCCAGGAGCUCAGGCUGCACAGAAAUCAGGACCCACUGGUGGUCAUGUUCCCCACAACCCCCAGGGGCUGAAGCAGACCAGUAUACUGCCUCAUGCCACCAACAUACCCCCACAUAUACUGCAACAGCUGUAUGCAGCUAACCCACAAGCCAUGACCUUGUAUGGAGGUCGUAUGACCGCUGCCAGGCUGAGGGAGGUGGGGAGCGUAACUAAGGAAGCCAUUGAAAAGUUACAUAAACAGCUGGAGACAUGCCCUGAUUCUAGCACUGAGAUUGAGGACCCUAAAGGUCUCAAGGUGACCCUAAUGACCCAUCAAAGACAAGCUCUGGCUUGGCUCACAUGGAGGGAGGGGCAGCACCCACCCGGGGGAAUACUAGCUGAUGACAUGGGACUGGGGAAGACUCUGACCAUGAUUUCACUGGUGCUGAAACAGAAACAACUGAAACCAAAGGCGGACGAGGAGGAGGAAGAUGAAUGGCGAGGCAGAGAGAAGCAGCUCCAAAAGGUCAUUAAGUCCCGGGCCACCUUGAUUAUCUGCCCAGCCUCCCUCAUUCAUCACUGGCACAAAGAGAUUGAGAGGCGGGUCAAAGGGAAAAAGCUCCAGGUCUUAAUGUACCAUGGACAGGGCCGAGAGAAAGAUAUUCUCAGGCUGGCAGAUAACGACAUUGUCCUUACCACCUACUCUCUUGUUGGUAAGGAGGUUAGGACAGUAAAUGUGGAUGCUAAUGCUCCGGCCAAGGAUGACGAAAAGAACAUGGAAGAGAAACAAGAUGAUGGUGCAGAAUCUGAGAAGGCAGAUGCCACCUUACUCCGCAUUGUGUGGGAGAGGAUCAUCCUAGACGAGGCUCAUAACAUUAAAAACAGGAAAAGUCUGUCAGCCAUGGCUUGCUGUCGAUUGCGUGCUCGAUUUCGCUGGGCCAUGACGGGUACUCCUAUACAGAAUGAAUUGCUGGAUGUCUACUCCCUACUUAGGUUUCUGCGCUGUUCUCCCUUUGAUGAAUACCAAGUGUGGAAGCGACAAGUUGAAAAAAGCAAAGCUGGUGGAAAUAACAGACUGAAUGUUCUUAUCAAGAGCUUGUUGCUGCGCCGAACAAAAACUCAGAUAGAUAGUGCUGGCAAACCUCUGGUUUCCUUGCCAUUAAAAUCAUCCACUGUUCAUGAGAUUGAACUUUCUGAAGACGAAAAAAUGGUGUAUGAAAAGUUGUUUUCCCAAUCUAGGUCCGUGAUGAAAGACUACUUGAGAAGGCACGAGGAUAAAGAGUUAGGGAGAACUACUGGUCCCCAGCCCUCCAUCAAUCCAUUCAGGGACCGUACAGAGGGGGACACACCAGGUAGCGGCCCUGGUACAGUGCUUCCUGGGGGAGACUCGGGCCGUUCCAGCGGUCAGAUGAUCCUGGUCAUGUUGCUGAGACUCAGACAGUGCUGCUGUCACUUGAGUCUGAUGAAGGAAGCUUUUGAUGAGGAGACAACAGCCACUGAGGGAUUAGAGCUAAACAUCGUUGAUCAAAUGAAGGACCUUAUGUUGGGGGAGGGGGGAUCCACUGAGGAGAAGGAAAAGCUGACCAGGGAUUCCCCAAUAUUUCACACACAAGUCAUGAGUACCAAGUUAAAAGCUGUGAUGGAUAAACUCUAUGAAAUUAGAGAACUACCGCAGAAACAGAAAAGUGUUGUGGUUUCCCAGUGGACCAAGAUGUUGGAUAUCCUAGCUCAUCACUUACGAAAAGCAGGAAUCAAGUACACCAUCAUCCAGGGCUCAGUGUCAGCAAAGAAACGGAUGGAGGCUGUGGAAGACUUCAAUACGAAUAUCCAUGGACCAGAGGUCAUGCUGGUGUCUCUGAAAGCUGGGGGAGUAGGCCUCAAUCUGAUUGGAGGGAAUCAUUUGUUUCUUAUAGAUCAACACUGGAAUCCCUCAUUGGAGGAUCAGGCUUGUGACAGGAUCUACAGAGUGGGCCAAACAAAGGAUGUAUUUAUACACAGGUUUUUAUGUAAGGAUACAAUUGAAGAAAGAAUUGUAGCACUUCAGCAGAAAAAACAAGAGUUGGCAAAAAGUGUCCUAACUGGGUCUGGAGGAGUGAGUUCAAAGUUGACCUUGGAUGACCUCAGAAUGCUCUUUGGUGUUUAACCCUAAUCUAUAGACUAAUUAAAAAACUUAAUUAGAUUGAAUUAUACAUAAUCAUGUAGAUAUAUAGAGAUGUACAUGUAUAUUAAUUAAUAUUAUAAUGAAAUAUGUAGAUGUAUUAAAGAUUAAUGUUGGCUGCAAAUCGAUAUCAAAAGAAUGUUUGGUAUGUAAAUGUCAUCAGUAUGUUUAUAAUAAAACACAGAAAUCAUACAUGCA